AUCUCCGUCAUCAUGGAAAAAGAGGUCGCUCCGGAUGGCGUCGUCAAUGCAACGGACGCGGAAUUGGUUAUUCAAAACAGUGGCGGAGAUGCCGCAGUCCAGGCUCGAGAAAAGGCGUUAAUCUGGAAGCAAGAUCUUCAUAUUAUUCCUCUCAGUGCUGCAAUCUACCUCCUCUGUUAUCUGGAUCGGUCAAAUAUCGGAAACGCCAAAAUCAUGAACUCAGAAACUGGCAAUGAUCUCCUGACCGAGACGAACAUGUCCUCGUACGAGUAUACGAUCGCAUUGAUGGUCUUCUUGAUCGCCUACGCUCUUUUUGAAGUUCCAUCCAACUAUUUUCUCAAGAAGCUCAAACCGAGCAGAUGGAUCGCUUUCUUGAUGCUGUCAUGGGGAGCAGUGACAAUGGGACUCGGUGGGGCACACAACUAUGCACAAGUAACAGGCCUUCGCUUUCUGCUUGGAGUCCUGGAAGCCGGUCUCUUUCCCGGACUCGUUUACUUCCUCACUUUCUGGUAUCGCACAUCAGAACGAAGCAUGCGCGUAGCUUUGAUUCUUGCAUCCGCGACGCUAGCAGGGGCUUUUGGCGGCGCCAUAGCUUACGGAGUUGGACAUAUGAACCAGGCCCAAGGUCUUUCAGCGUGGCGCUGGCUCUUUAUCAUUGAGGGCGCACCGUCUUUAGCGUCCGCUUUCCUGGUGUGGUUCAUCCUCCCAGACUACCCUGAAUCCGCAAGCUGGCUGUCGGAAGAGGAAAAGGCACUUGCGGCGCAGCGGCUCGCGGUCGAGGGAUCCAAAGGUGGCGCAAAAGCAAUGACAUGGCAGGACGCUAAAGAGAUUUUACUCGACUGGCGUUUAUACGCUCACUACGUGGUCUACUUCGGCAUAUCUGCUCCCUUCUCGAGUCUCUCGCUUUUUACCCCGGCAAUUACUAGCGGUCUGGGCUAUACUAGUCUGAACGCGCAGCUUAUGACGGUACCUCCUUGGGCGGUAGCUUAUGUCGUCACAACAGCUGUUGCUUGGUCUGCAGAUCACUUUAAUAGGUACCCUCGUAUAUCCUUGCACCGCUACGGCUGCUUAAUCGUUGCAACAAGCGGCUCAUUUGCCUGCAUCCCGCCACUUUUGGGCUGGCUCUCAUCCAACAUCCGAUCCACAGCCGGAACGGGUCUCGCUAUCGCUUUGAACGUGUCAUUUGGCGCGCCAGGACAGAUUGUAGGCGUAUGGAUCUAUAAAUCUAAUGAGGCGAAGAGGGGAUAUCCGACAGGUCACUGGACAAAUGCGGCGCUGUUACUGCUUGUUACGGUGGGCUGUUUGGCAUUGAGGGUGUAUUACGGGUGGAGAAAUAAGAGACUAAAGGCUGGUGGGAGUGGCCAGAGGUUCGCUUAUUGA